UAUCAGAGUUGAAUAAUCAAAGUAUGCAACUACAUUUAAUUAAUUGAAUUAAAUAUCAUUACAAAGCAAAAGAAAAUUAUAGUCCAAUUUCUAUUUAUACCAACAAUUUUAAUCCGGAUUUCAAUCGGGUCAAAACAGUAAAAUACAAAUAUAGAAAAAAUAACCCAUAAUAGCCACCUUUAUUAUUCAAACAAACAAAAUAAAGGAUGGAGUUUUAUCUCAGUUGUACUGUUACUCUCUCUCUCUCUCUCUCUCAAUCUGCUUUUUUGGACCGACUCAAACCAGCGCACAGUUUUUCUUUCUUACAUAAGCGCACAGUUAGCAGUUCACAUAUAUAUACAUACUGCUAAAUUGCUAAUGUAUGUAAAAAAGUAUAAUUUAUUUAAAUUUUAGCAUCACGCUGUAAAUUAGUGCUUAAAUUUUGAUGUUUGGGGAAGAUGCUUCUCAGAGAAACUGUUGUUUACUGGUUUUUUGCCGUUUGUUGUUUGGGGUUUUUGAGGUUGUCGGAAUCGCAGGUGCCGCAGGAAGAGGUGAUUGCUCUCCAACAAAUUGCUUCAGAAAUGGGUUCGACAUCGUGGAGUUUCAAUGCCGAUUUAUGUGAACUGGAUAUGGUUGGGGUUUCGCCUACGCCCCCGAGUGGCUCCGAGGGAUAUGUUGAAUGUAAUUGCAACUAUAACAACAACACCGUUUGCCAUGUUACAAAAAUUGUGAUUAAGGGUUAUAAUCUUCCUGGAACUCUCCCUCCUGGUAUCGUGAAACUUCCUUACCUUGAAUAUAUUGAUUUUGCUUACAAUCUUCUCACCGGUACAAUUCCAGGAGAAUGGGCUUCGUUGCGGUUGGAUUUCAUAUCUGUCCUUGUAAACCGUUUAUCAGGGCAAAUACCGAAGGAAUUGGGAAACAUCACUAGCCUUACUUACCUGAAUCUUGAGGUGAACCGAUUUUCAGGUGCUAUUCCUCCUGGUAUGGGGAAGUUGAUGAAUUUAAAGACUCUGAUCUUGUCCUCAAACCAACUAACUGGAGAAUUGCCGACAUCGUUUUCAAAUUUGACAAACUUAAUCGACUUUAGGAUAAACGACAACAACUUAAAUGGACGAAUACCCGACUUUAUCCAGAACUGGAAACAGCUUACUAAACUAGAAAUGUUUGCAAGUGGACUGAAGGGGCCGAUUCCCGUAAACAUAUCUCUCCUAGAUAUGUUAGUUGACUUGAGAAUUAGUGACCUAAAAGGGCCGGCCCAGGAAUUUCCGAUGCUAAGGAGUACUACAGGCUUAGCAACAUUGAUAUUGAGAAACUGUAACAUUACUGGAGAAAUCCCGGCGUAUAUUUGGAGGCUUAGGGUUCUACAGAUGUUGGAUGUCAGUUUCAAUAAGUUAGUCGGGACGAUCCCGAAUCACAUUGCGAGAAAUCUGAAACUUGUGUUUCUGACUGGAAACAUGCUGAGUGGAAACGUACCCGAUGCACUCAUGAAGGAUGGAAGCAACAUUGAUCUAUCGUACAAUAAUUUUACUCUGCAAGGCCCUGAUGAACCUGCUUGUCAACCGAACAUGAAUCGGAACGUAAACUUGUUCAAAGGCUCAUCUACAGUGAAUACAUUACAAAGAAUCCUUCCAUGUACCAGAGAUGUAGGCUGCCCGAAGUAUAAAUGUUCGUUGCAUGUCAAUUGUGGUGGAGAGAAUCUAAAUCUCAAAGAAAGCAAUCGGAGAGUUAUUUACGAAGGAGACACCGGAGGUGAUGCCGCGAGAUUCCUAAGCGAUAACUACUGGGGCUUUGUUAGCACCGGUGAUUUCAUAGACGAACCUAUUUACCAACACUCACGAUCUAUCGUAACUACAUCGACAACAAAUCUCCCCGACUUAUACAGUAGGGCCCGCCUCAGCCCUCUUUCACUUACGUAUUUCCAUUAUUGCUUGGAGAAUGGGAGUUACAAUGUGAGCUUGCACUUUGCCGAAAUACUCUUCGCAAACGACAGUACGUAUCACAGUCUUGGAAGGCGAAUGUUUGAUAUAUACAUCCAGGAAAUAUUAGUUAGGGAAGAUUUCAAUAUAGAAAACGAAGCUCGUGGAGUUCGAAAGCCCGUCGUUAGAUACUUCAAUGCCACAGUGGCAGAUAGUACAUUGGAGAUCCGUUUUUACUGGGCUGGUAAAGGGACUACACGAAUUCCCAAUAGAGGAGAUUAUGGUUCUCUCAUAUCGGCUAUUUCAGUUAAUCCAAACUUUAAAGUGUGUUCAGAUGGCAACAAGAAGAAUGUAACUGCUUAUAUAGUAGGUCCAGUUGUGGCGGUGUGCGUUAUUUUCUUGAUGUUAAGCAUCCUUUGGUGGAAAGGUUACUUAAAAGGCAAAAAACGACGUGGAAAAGAAUUUGAAGGUCUAGAAUUCCAAACGGUUGCUUUCACUCUGAAACAAAUUAGAGCUGCUACUAACAACUUCGAUCCUUCAAACAAGAUUGGAGAAGGUGGUUUCGGUCCUGUUUUCAAGGGUGUACUACCCGAUGGUACUGUAAUUGCCGUAAAGCAGCUCUCGUCUAAAUCAAGACAAGGCAACCGCGAGUUCUUGAAUGAAAUCGGCAUGAUUUCUUGUUUACAGCACCCAAAUCUCGUGAAGCUGUACGGGUGCUGUAUCGAAGGAGAUCAGUUGCUAGUCGUAUACGAGUAUAUGGAUAACAACAGCCUUGCACAUGUUUUAUUCGAUUCGAAGGAAAGCCAAUUGAUGCUGGACUGGCCCACAAGGUUCCAGAUUUGUAUCGGGAUCGCAAGAGGGUUAGCUUUUCUACACGAGGAAUCGAGGCUGAAAAUUGUGCAUCGAGACAUUAAAGCCACUAACGUGUUGCUGGAUAAAGAUCUCAACCCUAAAAUAUCGGAUUUCGGAUUGGCUAGGCUAAAUGAAGACGAGAAGACUCACAUUAGCACCAAAGUUGCUGGCACAAUAGGAUAUAUGGCACCGGAAUAUGCUCUAUGGGGUUACCUCACCGACAAAGUAGACGUUUACAGCUUCGGGGUCGUGAUUUUGGAAAUCGUCAGUGGGAAAAGCAACAACAACUACAUGCCGAGCCGUAAUUUUGUUUGCCUUCUCGAUUGGGCUAAUCACUUGCAAGAAAGUAAAAAAAUCGACGAACUAAUCGACGAGAGGUUGGGUUCGAGCAUGAAGAGAGAGGAAGUAGAGAGGGUGGUGAAAAUAGCAGUUUUGUGCACGAACGCGACUCCGUCCGUGCGGCCUACAAUGACUGAGGUUGUGCAAAUGCUCGAAGGAAAAAUGGAUAUUCCAGAUUCGAUUCCUGAAGGAAGCACGUACACUAAUGACGUCAGGUUUAGAGCUAUGAAAGAUUUCCACCAGGAUAGGCAAAAACAGAGCUCCACGUGGACCCCGUCGCAGGAUUCGACUGCCGUACGAACCGAUCCGGCUUUUUCUUCGUCCACGUCUGGUUUUAAUGAGAUUAGUAGAGACAAUGUAUUACAUUGAUAUUGUAAAUUUGUAAUUACUUUCACAUUUACUGAUACAUGUAAGGCUAAUUUUGUUGUUGUAAAAAAAAAAACACACUGUAAUAUUAAUUUAAUCGGAAAUUAUAUUA